AAAUAUUUAAUAAAAUUGAGUAGUGAAUUUUUAUAGCUUUGACUUCGUAGAGAUUAAAGAAUAACUUAACCUGACUUGAAAUAUCGAAUAAAAAAUAACGUAAUAUAUUUUUAUACAACUAAGUAUGAAAAUGUUGGAAAAGGAACCAUAAAAUGGCAAUUCAGUUGCAUGGAAAGUAUUUAAGAUGUUAGUGUCGUUGCAAAUAUCUAUCAAAUUGUUAACUUUUCCUGAUUGGAGACGAAUCAAGAAACAGUUUAUCCUUUAUCCAGACAGGCUGACUACUUAACCGGUCUUACUUGUCUGUCGAGUCCAGUAAAAAUGUUAGUCGAAUACAUUUCUUUCUAGGAAUCGAUUUUUAACCGUCAUUACAUUCUAUAAUCAGUCUGGCUUGCAGUAUCCAAUAUUAGAGAUUAGUGUGAUUGCACCGACUUCCCAAUUUGCGAGAGAAACACAAUGCAGGUUUUACUAGAUUGUGAUUUGUAUUCUUGCCUGGGGCAGACGUCACAACGACCGACUAACCGUGGAAUCGAUUCGAUUGUCUGGGUUUCAGUAGUUCAUGUGCCAGACGUAUCGAGCUGUGGACAGCUGGUCUGCUGUUGUCUCCCCAGACUCGGUUUGACGACUUGAUGCUUGCAGAGAGGGGGCCAUAUAGGAACAAAGCCUGCUUGUCUUUAUUACUGCGAAUUCAUAGUAAUAAAAAUAAUAAUAAAAAAUACUGUAUGGUUUCUUUUCUUAUCGAUUUUUGUCUGUGAUUUCUCCAAUGGGGAUUUUUCAUUUUGUGUCUACAGUACAGAUAAUAAUAAUUGUGAUAGCCAUAAUUUUAACAUUAGGGCUAAUCACAUGUAUCAUUAGUCAUUACAAAAUGGGUGCAAGAUCAUGGAGUGAGAGAAGAAGCAGACCGCCAACUCAACCUCCAUCAACUGGACUGCAUAGACAACAUUGUUUACAAUCUAAUCAUCAACAGCAACAGCAUAGUCAUGUCAUUACUGUACCAUCUUCUAUGUAUACACCUGCAAGUGUGCAGAAACGUCAACAAUUAGAAAUAGCAGCUCAACGUGAUCGUCAAAUCCGCCUUCAGUCAGUAGAAGUGGAUUUGGCUCUUGAUUUACCUUCUUCUGUAGCAUUACCUGACGGAGAAGAACAUCCUUAUAGUAGCAUGAAAAGUCUUCAUCGCCGCGAUCCAGAGCAAGAAAGUGAAAUCUGUCGUGGGUGCAUCAGGCCACCUCCAAAUCGGACAGUAUUAGAUGGCGAUACACUGCCUCCCUACAGGUCUAGUUCUGUGGGCCUCUUACAUAAACCCAAUACAUCACCUUGUUUGAUGAGGACCUUGGACGGUACUCCACUAGUCAUGCGUUCACACAGCAUGAGUGCUAGCUCUUCCCACAGUGGUCAAUUGAGACAGUAUACUCCACAUCUACAGUUACCCUCUUUGGUAAUCAGCCACAAUAGCUCAGCAAAUAGCAGGUUAUGUGACUGCACAAGGGCACCAGCAAGUGAAUUCAAUCAAUUGGAUCCACCUCCAUGUUAUAGUGAUGUAGUAGGCAAUCGUGACUUGGACAGCAUAUUAAAUAGGCCACCAGAUAGUGGUGUUUGACCAUAAACUCAGUUAAGUCUUUCACUUUUCCCUGGAUUGAUUGUGAUAGCUUUGUCAUCAAUACCAGGGUACAGUAAAAGAGUGAAUCUCACUCUGAAUGUGGUUACUGGGGCAGGCGGCUAUCCAGUGGCAGGAGCCCUGGUGGCAUUAGGUAGCCCAUGUUCACGGUGCCUCAGAUUUUGUUGUGAAUAUUUUUGUUUACAUAUCAUUAUGAGUUUGUUUGCCAAUGUUUUUUACUGUUAUCAAAUGUUUGGCUGCACGUGUUUUUAAGGAAACACGUGUACACUAUCAAUAGACUUCUCCCUUCAAGGUGAGAAUGCUGAACUGUAAUUUCAUCUGUCGUACCCUAUUCCCCUUCCUCACUGUUCCCACUUGCUCCCAGUAAGACAACCAUGGUGUCACAGACACCUUUCUUUGUGAUAAAAAAAAAAAGUUAGCAUUGUGGACAGGGGUGUUUGGGUGUGUGCUUGUGAUCAUUUCUGUAUGUAACUUGCUACUGCCUGAGUGGAUGCUAUAAAAUUGUUUCCCUCACUGCCCAGUUAACUGGGGGUGAAUGUGUGUAGUAGUGAGGUAUACAAAAAGUCAUUGCCCUGAAUUGGAUUAGACAGGGUAUGGUGCUAUAUCUGUUCCAGACAAAAAAGGAAAAUCUGAUUGUUAGGGGUAUUGGUAAAAUUAGAUAUAAAACAGUUUGCUUAAGGGGUUUGUCCCAUUUAUGGUUAAGGCAUGGAUUCAUUGGACGUUGCUGGGUUUCAUAUUUAAGCUUUUAUAUUGUCUAUGAAUGUAUAUGUGGAACUGAAUGGAAAUUGUGUAAGCAUAUGUAAAUGCCAAUACUUGUAUAUACAAAUAUGUAGAUAUUACAUUCUAAAAUCAAAUUUAUGUAAGAAAAUUAAUUUAAUUUCAACAUGUACAUAAUUUCAAAUUGCAAUAUUUUCUUUUCCGUAUUAGAAAAAAAUAUUUAAUUGUGAAUGUUUCGAAACCCAGCUGUCGCUUCCAUGUCAUGCUUCAGCCAUUGUGCAAAUGGGAUCCGUAAAGAAUCUGGAUUGGCCAAGUAUUAAAUGUUUUUCCUUAGCCGGUUAUCUCCUGUAGAAAUUAUAAUUUUGUAGAUCCGACAAUCAUACAAUGAUAGAAAUCAAAGCAGAUGGGUUUAAACUAAAAUUGAAAAUUUGAUAUGUCAUAGUUUUUUGUAUCCAGCUCACCCAUUCCCAAUUUGUUAUUUAGCGGCAGUCACAAUACGAGGAAACGUCCAUGUGUGAAAGAAAAGAAUUGCAUCGCCGACUAAACAAAUCCUGGGUAUUCGAAGACAAUGGUUUUAGCACAAUGUGAAAACAAAGUAUUUGACUGCCAUUGAACUAUUAAUGAAACUGACUUUUCAAAUGAUUAUAGUCAAUUUUUAUUACAAUACAGAUGAAAUAUUGGAACAUUAAUAUGUAUAUAAGGUAAUUAAUAAAUUUAUGUAUUUAAAUGUACUGAAUUUUCAUAAAAAAUUAUUAAAAAAGUUUAUAAACGGCAGAGUUCUUGACCUCAAGGACUCCCUUCUACUAUCAGUGUGUUGGAGAGAAAAAUUUGUUCAUAAGAUUUUUGCCCCUCAUUAGGAGACGAGCAUCCUUUUGAUGCCAAAACCAAUACCCCUUUGUGAUGUAUAAACACAGUUUGGAUACAGCACAUUAAAAAAAUCUCCCUAGCUCAAAAAUUGUUGCUUCAGGCUUUAAUUGCUGGAUUUUGUAGAACAGAUAUUUACUCUACUGUCAUCUCUGUAUUGUCAGGCUGACACGUGCAUUAUAAAUUUUGUAUCAAUCAAAACAAUAUAAUCUGGCCAUCUCGGGUUCCAUUACCUCCAGUCCUGUGGACCAAGAGGUCAACCUAUGAGGCGUGCCAAAACAUGCACAUUCUUCCAGUGUACAUAACUGCUAUCAUCUGGUGUCAGUGCUAUAGUCUGACUAUAGCUGCCUCUUCUGUAGCCAAUUGCCUGAUGCAAUGUAUGGCCUUCAGGCAUAGUACAGGCUUCACACUCUGCCUGCAUUUGGUCUGUGAUCUGCUUGACGACGGUCCUCCAACUUGUAUAUAUGAUGCUCCAUAGGAGGACGUCUUAUCCCAACGAACGUCAAGGACCCGGGAACCUUCUCGGAACCUUUCCGUUCUUCUUAUAUAUAUAAAUAUAAUAUAUAUAAAAUUAUAUAUAGAUAAUUUCUGUUUUCCAGACGAUAGUCCAGUAGUUUGUACUUUGUUUCUCAGAAAUACUCUAAUAUAAUAUGUGAUAUGUAUUUUGUUGACGUGAACCAGAGGAGCUUAAAAGUAUUUGAUUACUAGGUACUCAUCCUGUGCUAAUUGUCGAGUUAAGUUUCCAGAAUGUAUGGCAGUACAAUCUAUUUCAUUCCUUAUUAUCAGACUAUUUAUUCCGGUUAAUAGCCUAAGGGCAAAUUUUUCUGUAGGCAGAGUGUGAGCAUCUGUAGUUAGAUAGGACCUGUCCUAUCCAUACAUGCUAAAUAAAAAUCUUGACAUUUUAUAAUAUGUUGUAUGUUCAUUGUCAUCAUUUUUCUUUUGUACAUAUAUCACCAAAUUCACUGAGAAAUUUAAAAUAUUGUUUUCU